CCAAUCCCCGCCCCCGUCAGGCUGCCCCGGCUCUGCCUGUCACGGUUCCGCUGCCCCGGCUGUGUCUCUGUAUCUGCCCCACAUGGAGGUUCCGAGGGGCAGCGAGUGCCGGGUCCUGUCUAUCCAGAGUCACGUGGUGCGGGGAUACGUGGGCAACAAGGCAGCUGCCUUCCCCCUGCAGGUCUUGGGGUUUGAGGUGGACACGAUCAAUUCUGUCCAGUUCUCCAAUCACACAGGUUACGAUCACUGGAAGGGGCAGGUGCUGAACGCCGAGGAGCUGCAGGAGAUCUACGAGGGGCUGAAACUGAACCAGGUGACGCGGUAUGACUACGUGCUGACCGGUUACACCAGGGAUUCGUCCUUCCUGGCCCGGGUCGUGGACAUCGUUCAGGAACUCAAACAGAAAAACCCCCAGCUGGUCUAUGCUUGCGAUCCAGUCCUCGGAGAUAAGUGGAACGGGGAGGGCUCUAUGUACGUCCCCGAGGAGCUGCUUCCCGUCUAUAAGGACUUGGUGGUCCCCGUGGCGGAUAUUAUCACCCCCAACCAGUUUGAGGCAGAGUUACUAACCGGCCGUAAGAUUCAUACCCAGGAGGACGCGGUCCAGGUGAUGGACAUGCUUCACGCUCUUGGACCAUCCACUGUAGUCAUUACGAGCUCGGAGCUUCCGGCAUCGCGUGGGGCAGAAUAUCUCAUCACCCUGGGGAGCCAUAGACGAGUGGGGAAGGACGGCCAGGUGCGCACGCAGCGGAUCUGCCUCGAAUCACCACGAGUGGAGGCCGUGUUUGUUGGGACUGGAGACCUGUUUGCUGCUAUGCUUCUGGCGUGGACUCACCAUCAUCCCAGUAACUUCAAGCUGGCCUGUGAGAAGACCGUCUCGGCCAUGCAGCACGUCCUCCAGAGAACUAUCUGCAGUGCGCGAGCGCUUGCUGGCCCCGGCGUGAAGCCUUCGUACCCGCAGCUGGAGCUUCGCAUGGUCCAAAGCAAAAAGGACAUCGAAAACCCUGAGCUGAUUGUCACAGGCGCAGAGUUAUAGAGGGGAGAGCGGACCCCAGGGGCCACUGUACGUACCUUCACGUCACCAGCUAACUCCCAGAGGUGCCCUGAGACCAUCCUGCCUCCCGGGACUUCUCUCCAAACCUCCUCCGGCCGCCCUGGGGCUUCUCCUCCACGUGCCAAACGUUCCCCCUCCUCUCCCACUAAUGAUCACGGGGCGAGGUGGUCUCCGGCACCGGUUGGGAAUGCACAAGGGGGGACCUCGCCAGAUUAGAAGGGCCUGUUUCUCCCAGUCCCGCCAUUACUGCGUGGUAGGGUUGGCCCUGGAGCGGGGGGCCGACCGCCUUUUUAUUCUUAGUAAAUUGGGCCGUUAAUAAAUGAACCUGUGAGACGAAUGCUUUGGCUCGAGCCGCCGCUGUCAGUGAUUGGGGGCCGGCGAGCCUCGUUGUCUCUUUGUUUCUGUGAUAUGUCGUUGUCACUUGUCGUGUCUUGGCCUGUCACAUCACCGCCUCCAAACUA